UGGUAACCGGAAGUGCGGAAAAUGAAGAGAGCUAUGUGAUCAUACCAUAUUGAAACUUGAGAAUUCAAUGAAAUGUUGACGAACAUUAUUGACAAAGCUACUUUUGUAUGAUAGUGAAAGCAGAAAUAUGUCCAACAAAAUAGGAGUGAGGCAAUAGACCGUCUGACCAGAAACCAGUCGGCAGACACAUGCCAAUCCAACUCAGCACUCGUAAGUUGGGUGAAUUACUGUUUUUGAUAAGGUGACAUAAAAUUUCAGCAUUCUUUACCUUUUUGUUCAAUCUUACAGAAAAAGGAAAAAAGUAGGUUACAUCACAAACUAAGCAUGCCAACUCACAAAGUUAAAGCACCACAUCAGCACACAACUCUGGAUUAUAAAAUAAUGCAACAGAACUUAGCCUACUAAUUUAUAUUAGCAGACAGCUAGAAGGCAUUUCCAAUGCAAACAGACACAGAUUAAUGGGACCGCAAGGAAAGAUAUAAAAUGAUUGAAAUAUUAACAACAAUAAAAAGACACAUCCAACUUGGAUUGCACUAUGAUCUUUGACCAUUUCAAACUUUAAUCAAUAUAAAGAUUAUCGAUCACAUCUUGGAAGAUUUCAGCCGACAACCCACCUUAACAAUUUCCCUUUUCCUGGGUUACAAAAGAAAAUACUAAAGAAAUCUUUUAUUUUGGAUGACUCAUAGCUGACUCAUGCAACAAUUAUGUUCAAGAUUCAACAACUCCCCAUAACUCCCUAUUUAUAAUACGUGAAAUAAUGGCCUUCAACCAUCAUUAACAAGAAACUUCUUUCUCACUUAACUGAAAAACACAGCAACCCUUCCAAUGACGAACCUAUUGACAGAUAAUGUGAUUGCAAUUCCCAUUAAUGCAGAGACAUUCUCAUUUCAAAGGCAGCCAAAAAGACUUAUGUUACAUCCUGUUUGUCAAGAACAUGUUUCUUCUAAUACAAAGCAAAGAAAAUCAGUUAUCUGCAAGAUAAACAAACUUGGAGAAAGGAUGGAUUGUCUUGCACAAGGCAUCCGUGAACAUGUGAGGCUAAGCCCAAAGCUGACAGAAACUGUGAAGGGUAAAUUGAGCCUUGGUGCGAAAAUUCUUCAAGUAGGAGGAUUGGAGAGAAUUUUCAAGAAGUUGUUUAGCGUUAAAGAUGAUGAAAAGCUACUCAAGGUUUCUCAAUGCUAUUUAUCAACUACAUCAGGACCAAUGGCAGGCCUUCUCUUCAUAUCUACAGAUAAGGUAGCAUUCUGCAGUGAGAGAUCAGUAAAGAUUUCAUCUCCAACUGGAAAGUUGCUUAGAAUCUGUUACAAGGUUAUGAUCCCAAUGAGCAAGAUAUAUAAAGCCAAAGAGAGCGAGAAUAUCCGAAAGCCAUCACGGAAGUACAUUCAGAUAGUCACAGAGGACAAUUUUGAGUUCUGGUUUAUGGGAUUCCUCAAUCAUCAAAAGACAUUGAAUUAUCUCCACCAGGCUAUCUCAGGAUCUCAAGCAUGCUAACGAAAGGGAAAAAAAAGAGUUCCUUUCUCUUUCUGUUUUCUGAUACCUAACAUUAUCAAUGUACAAAUGUUGAUUCAAAAUUGAACAGUCAUAUAUCUGUAUAGUUUAUCACAAAAGCUCAACUGUCUCAGAGAAAAGAUUUUAGUUUUGCUUUGACAGCCUUGGGGUAUAUUAACGGAAAGGAAUUUUGAACCGACUUGCUCAAUAUGAUGCACCGAGGUAUAAAAUACCUACUUCACAAUGCUUUGUGGA